AUGCGGCGUUUGGGCUGCGCCGGCCUGAUGAUGAUGCUCCUGCUCGGCGUCCUGCUGGCCGCGGUCAGCCCCGUCGCCGUCGCCGCCACCGCUCGCAGAGAGAUGGUAAUGGCGGCGAGCCGCGACGACGAAGGGCAGCGAGGCCGUGCCGGAGCCGUGAACGCCUUAGGAAAUGCGCCGGAAGCGGCGGCGGCGAACGGCGGGGAAGAUGUGAUCGGGAGGAGGCCGAAGGAUGAGGUGGUGGUGAGGAGCCACCGCCGCUUCAUCAGGACCAGGAGGAUCCCCGCGAUCUCCUCGCAGUCGCAGGUUCAUUUCGGUGGCCGGAUACCCUUCACCGCCGACUACCACUCCGUCCACAGGCACCCGCCCACGCACAACUAGAACAGGCAGCUCGCUAUGUGCCUGCUGCUUUCAGUACUAAGCCCGUCUCUGAAUAUUUUUUCUACCAACUAGGAUCUUCUUCAGCUCUUUUCUUUUUCUGUCUGUAGCUUUUAGGUUUGGAUCUUCUGUAGUGACAUAUAUAUACUACCUGUACAACUCUUCUUUUCCUUUUUUUUAGGUUUAGAAAUUAGAUCCUUAUUAGUAACCAUAUAUACUAGCAGUAAUCAAGCAGCUGUACUAGUACGUUGGGG